UCAGAGGUGGGAGUUUGUGCUGUUGUGACAUCCCAAAUUUACCCGUCGCCAGUUCCAGUUUUCUAAUAGAGAUUUGUGUCAGUUGCAUUUCUCCACCACGUGUGUGACUGUGACCACAAUGCUCAGUUUCGACGGCGGGAUAUAUCAACAAGAGACAAGAGAGCCUUUGUAGCGGGAUGGCAAACCGUGAGCGGAACAAAAAGAUCUUACUGGAACUGGUGAAGCGACCGGACAACAGUGUGUGCGCUGACUGCGGCGCCCCCGAUCCAGACUGGGCAUCCUACAAGCUGGGCUUGUUUGUGUGUCUGAGUUGCUCUGGUGUCCAUCGCAGCUUGUCCAACCGAGUCAAAUCCAUAAAGCUCGACUUUUGGGAAGAUGAGCUGGUGGAGUUCAUGAAAUCCAACGGAAAUGUCAGCGCCCAAGCUCUGUAUGAGAAAGCUGUUCCAGCUUACUACUACCGGCCCCACCUAAAUGACUGCACUUUCUUGACAGAGCAGUGGAUUCGGGCCAAAUAUGAAAGGAUGGAAUUCACAGGAGAAACCAAGUAUCCACCUAUCUCUUAUACAACAGGUUUCUAUGAAGGAAUGUUGUGGAAGAAAGGGAAAGAGAAGGCACAGUUUUUAAAGAGGAAGUUUGUGCUGUCAGAGAGGGAAUUUACCCUGACCUACUACAACAAGGAAAAUGAGUCCAAAGGCCCAAAAGCUGUUAUCCCUAUCAAGGACCUGAACGCCACCUUUCAACCCGAGAAGAUUGGUCAUCCUCACGGGCUGCAGAUCACCUACCAAGACAACGAUCACACCAGGAACCUCUACGUUUAUCAUGACAGUCCUGAGGAAAUAGUCACGUGGUUCAACGCUAUCCGUGCUGCUCGCUACGCAUACCUUAAGACAGCGUAUCCAACUGGAAGUGAUGAAGAACUGGUACCAAAGAUAACAAGAAACUACCUCAAACAGGGAUACAUGGAAAAGACAGGGCCACUGCAAAAGGAGGCAUUCAAAAAGAGGUGGUUUAUUUUGGACUCCCAAAAUAGGAAGUUGCUCUACUUCAAAGGCAAGCUGGAUGCGGAGGAGUUAGGGGUGAUUUUCAUCGGCACGGAGAGCAACGGCUACUCUGUGAAGGAGUGCGUCCCAAAGCACGCUCGGGGAAACAAGUGGAAUUGUGGCAUUGCGGUUGAGACACCUGAGAGACAGUUUGUCUUCAUGUGCGAGCAGGAGAGGGAGCAACGAGAGUGGCUGAACGCUCUCAGACAGGUCCUGUCCAGACCGAUGGCACCGCAGGAUUAUAGCAUUGAAGCCACCAUCAAGUAUAAAAGAUGAACUACAGAGACUUGUGAUGACAGCAGCGUUUGAAAACACAACUAACUGAACUACAGUAGCAGAACAGAUGAACAGUGACCUGAGUCAGCGCCAACUGUUCACCGUGUCACUCCCAGUGCGGACCCUCAUCAUCUGUGUUGUAGGAAAGUAUUUUGAACCAUUGUCCGGUGGAUUAAAGAUUUUAAUCAAUUUAUUUCAGCUGACACUGGAUCUUCAAAACAUUCAGCAUCAAUGUGUAAAAUCAAUUCUUAAAUACCAAAAAAUGCACAUCUGUUACCAGAUCAACACUGUUAUAUUGUGAUAAUAGACAGGUUACCAUCGCCAUCAUCAUCAUGCUGUUAUUAUGAAGUUUCUUAAUUUUUUUUUUAAUAUCUUAAUUUCCCA